AUUUACGAACAAAUAAUCUCGAGAUAACCUCUCAAAUGGCCAGCUGGCAGGCAUAUGUCGCUUCGUGGAUGGUAUGGUGGCGAUUCAAGGGCUCUCUUCAAACCAUCGAGGCUCUUCGCCAGCGCAUCGAAACUGAUCGCCAGACCAAGAGUACUCGACCUCCAGCGCAUCUGGAAAAGCAGUUCACCAUUGAGGAACGCCAUCUCGGAGGCUGCACUCUCUAUGAUGUAGCGCCCAAGUCUGAGAUGCCUAACCAGGCCAGGAUUCUUUACCUCCAUGGCGGCUGUUUUCUGUUUGAGAUUGAUGUGGCACAUUGGCAAAUGGUGGCAGCACUGGCAGAAAGUCUGCGAGCCGUGGUGACAGUAGCGAUAUUCCCGCUGGCGCCAGAACAUACCCUGAUGGAGAUUUUUGAUGCGGUAAGGCCGGUAUAUGACGACCUUGCUUUGCCAUCCCAGGACAAGACGCCCUUCUUUGUGGUGGGAGAUUCAACGGGUGGCAGCAUGGGCAUCUCACUCACCCAGGAGGCGCUUAAAGCAGGACGGCCAACGGCAUCUCGGCUCGCCUUCAUGUCUCCCUGCGUCGAGUUUACCUUUCAUAACCCCGAGGUGCGGCAGGUCGCCCAGACUGAUCCGUGGCUGGAUGUCCCGGGCUUUGAAGAGGCAGUACGGUAUCUUUGCCCAGAUGUCUUGCCGGAUGAUGCGCGAGUGAGCCCUCUUUAUGGAGACGCUAGCAAGCUGCCUCCGACCAUGAUAUUCGCCGGAUCAACAGAGAUGUUGACGCCGGAUAUCAGAAAAUUUGUGGCCAAGGUGGUGGAACGGGGCCGAGAAAUUGAGUAUGUCGAGGGAGAGGGCAUGAUGCAUGUUUGGCCCUUGGUGCAGUUUCUUCCAGAGGCGAGGGAGGCCGUGGAUAAGCUGGUGCACUGGCUGGAGUGUGGGAAGAAUUGAUGAUGGGGGCUAUGAGAAUGAGGAUCCCAUAUUGUCGUGAUAUUGACGACUGAGGUAAGUGAAUGAUCAAAAGAAGCGGGCUGGCGUUUGUGUUUUCUUGUGCCGCAUACGAGACUUUGGUUAUGAGAUGGAUAUACCUACAUAUAGAAUGAUUCACAGCUGUUUGGAUGUUGACAGAAGAAUGGAAGGCAACACUGUUACAUGUUGAAGUGGACAAGAAGAAGAUGCGGUUGGUGAUUUAAUUACAUGUAUAUACCACAUAAAGCUGAUUCAACACUCAUUUACUCAC